UCUCUAGCGGUGGCCAUCCAUGGAUGCAUCGUACUACUGUGGAUCCCUGAGGGCUGGCCAUCCAUGAGUGCGGACGCACUGACGAGGGGCCUUGGGGAAAGAUUAUUAAAAUCACGCAUGUCUAGCUUCCGUUCCUACGCGUAGCUUACGCGCUUCGCCCGUUCCUGACUUCCACCGCGUUGCAGACCGUUUCAACUCGCAGGGUCCGGAACUCGCGUCCUUCGCUCCUGAUGCUCGCCUCGAGGACGAGUUCGAAGGUUCUAUUUCGAUCUCCUCCGCCACCCAGCUUUCUCUCGUAGAAUAAAAUCCUUGAUCUAGGGUUUCCGCUUCGGGAACGGCCAUGGAGUCCGAUGUUCUUAGCUAGCGUUUCUUGCCGUUUUGAGUCUUCCCGGAUGCGAAUUGGACUCGAGAGAGGUCUCGCCGGAGUCGGAGACGGGGGAGAGAUCUGGCGUUCACGGUGGAAGUUCGUGCCAAGAAAACGGUAGCCGAGAGGAGGAAGAGGCCAAGAAAUGAUGGGUUAUUUGACGCUAAAGAAGAAAGAAUUUAUAUUAUGUGGCGGACCCAAGCAUAGAGAUCGCUUUACGUGUCAGAGUUUCCAACCGGACGGGACAUCUGUUGCAGGGCUAACAUGGCGGCGCUUCCUGCUCUCACGGCAUAUAAAAUCUUGUUCGCCACAUUGGGUUGCUUCAUGGUGGCCACUCUCAUCUACACUCUCGCCACCGAUGGUUCUCCUUUCCGCCUCGAGCUCUUGACCCCGUGGAUGGCUGCAACUUUGGUUGACUUUUAUGUUAAUGUGGUGGCUAUAGUGGUUUGGGUUGCCUAUAGAGAAUCAAAAUUGAUCCAUACGGUAUUAUGGAUAGUUCUGUUAGUAUGUUUUGGCAGCAUAGCGACAUGUGCAUAUAUUGUCAAGAAACUAUUCGUUAUUUCCCCUGCAGAUGUAAAAGAUCCUGUGAGUCGUGUCUUGUUGAGGAAUGAUGAUGAAUGUAAGUUAAAGUUCUCUUCUGUCAUGUUUGGAAGAAUUCUUUUCAGUGUCUUGGGUGUGCUUGUAUUGGCAACUGUUGUCUCUACUAUCAUUAUUGAUGGCUUUCCAUUUCAGAAGGAGUUGUUGACACCGUGGAUGGCUGCAACCUUGAUUGACUUUUAUAUAAAUGUUAUUGCUAUAUCAGUGUGGGUUGCUCACAAGGAAUCAACAUGGAUAAGUGCAUUAUUUUGGAUUUGUUUGUUAAUAUGUUUUGGCAGCAUUGCCACAUGUACGUACAUCGUCCUUCAGCUGUUCCAGCUCUCUUAUCAAGACUCAAUGUACCAUAUUUUGUUGGAUUCUCACAGCAAGCAUGGAAGUACAUCCUCCAAGUAAGACACGAACUCUUGUGUUUUAUUGUACCAUCCACCUGGGUUCGAUUGUUGUUCCAUAAACCUUGUAAUGCUUGUCAUGUACUCAUAUUGUUAUACAAUUAUCCACAAUGCAGAACCAUCAACUUAAACUUGUAUUUACAUAUAAAAUUCAUUUUUAGCCAGCUAUUAUGAUCCAAGAUUUAAAAGAAUUGGCUA